CUCGAAAGCUUUCCACCUCUGUGGCUAAUAUUCUUUCCUCUGGUUAGCUUUCUAGAUCCUUGGUUAGGGCAAUCUCCGCGAUACUUACCUAUUUCUAUUCGAGGCUUUCCCAAUCCUUUGAAAGAGUGUUCAGGAGACGUCAAGCAGGGUCUCGCAGGAACGAGUAUCUUGCUUUGAUAAUCAGGGUUGGGCGGUUGCACUGAUUACUCCUCGAGCGAACUCGUAAACGCAAUGUCGUCGACUUACUACAUUGGACCUUUCGGCCGUAUGUUACCCGCCACCGAUGGACCUGCGGAGCAAGAACCGGAUCGAGCAGCUAACCUGUCAGUUCCGGGAACUCACCCCUAUCAACUACCUUUGCCUCGUACUUCAGCACCUCUGCAAUUUGGGACAGACCCCUUUCUACGACCAAGGAACCGUGGUGAGAGGGCUGACGAAGGGGAAGAAAUCUCAGGCUAUCCUAGGAGCCCUGGCUAUCAACAGACCAGCGAGCAGCUGCCCUCCGUCAGUCAACUUUUGACGCCUACCGCACAAUUAAGUCGGUCACCAUCACCUUAUAGCCCACGCGUUUUCGGGAUUAUCCUCCCGUCGAACGACUCCCGCGAGUCACCAGACCGGCAGCGGCACGGCGACUCUAGUACUCUUCCUUUCGAAGCACGGUCAAGUAUCUAUGACAGCUCGAGAUCGUAUUUGGAGUCUACUCCCGCACCGCAGUCCCAGAAUCUACCUCCGAUAUCCCACAUCUCUGCACAGGCUCUUGGUGGAAAUACAUCAAGCCAUCUAGGUCUUGGGUCUGCUCCAUCACACUCGCCAUACCCUCCUAGAUUGCUCCAUAGGCACAGCAGCGACCCAAACGACCGGGCCAGCGCAGGGAUACCGACCUCUGUUACAGCAGACUCAGGAUCUCCAGGUGCUGAGAAAUCGAGGAAAUCAAACGUUAGACCACACGUCGUGGAUGAACGGUACAUUGAGGGAGAAGGUUUAUGCUACAUUUAUGCCGAUGGCUCCCAUUGCCCGAAGAUCAUAGACGGCGUCCCGGUCAACGCCAACUGGGGCAUUACCAAAGCCGGAAAGCCACGGAAACGACUCGCACAGGCUUGCCUGACGUGUCGAGAAAAGAAGAUCAAGUGCCAUCCGAACUUGCCAAAGUGUGACCAAUGUCAGAAAUCUGGCAGGGAAUGCAGAUUUGAGAGCGCGCCUCGUGGUCACCGUGCCGCGUCGAGGGCAUCUCAGUUCGCCAGGAGAUAUGACAUCCGGGACGACUUUAUGACCGGAGCUUCUAACAAUGCAGGUACAUCCAGUUCGUUAUAUUCUAUUGCGAGGGCUUCGGAGAGCUCUACCUCCCUUCCCGGGACGAAUUCGCAGUCUCCCUUGUCUGAUGGUUCCAUGCUUACGCCUUCUGCUGUGGAUAGCAACCAUGAGAGCGUUACCGACUCCGACCAGCAAUAUGUAGCAAGAUUUCAGCGCAUGUCUAGCGGGCAUGAGCAUGUCUCUAGGCACUCCAUGGAUAGCGCUGGAUCGUCGUCCACCGACUACGCAGAGAUACUGACGGAGCUCAAAGACCUAGAUGCUCAAGAUCCACUCGCUAAUGAUUGGAGAGCAGACCCGUACGGUAUCGACCCGGAGCUUGCAACCCACUACAUCGAAGCGUAUUUCACGUUCAUCAACGAUCGCUUAUACUAUAUGUUCCCUCGGAGGCGGUUCCUGUUGUGGUUGAGAUCAUGUCACACAAAGUCGCUCGACGACAACAUGCUGUUGUACUCCAUGAUGACGUUGGGAUCUGUAUUCUCGGACCGGCCCGACAGGAUGACGGCCUUGAAGCGAUACUCGCGUACUGCGAGAUAUGCCCUCGAAUAUAAUCAGCACAGACUUUCGUUGCAGCUCGCCCAAAGCCGCAUCAUCAUGAGUCUGUGGUACUACGCAAUCGGAGCCUUGGUGAAAUCCUGGGAUGCUGCGGGAGCUGCGGUGCGCACGGUAUGUGGGUUACGGUAUAACGUCGAGAUGGGAGGGGUGAUUGUAGAGCAAAGCCAGCAGUGCGAGUACGGCCUGCAUCCUCAAGCUCUGAUAGAGUGUCGUCGACGGACUUUCUGGACCGCCUUCUUGAUGGACCGCCUCUCAUGCUUCUAUGCACCGUCGACAACCUCCAUUUCUUCCCAGACCGCAUUCCUCAGACUGCCGUGUCGGGAAGAGAUCUACGAAGCCCAAGAGUAUACGACCGUGCCAUUCUUCCAGCACUUCUUGAACCAGCUUCCAGUAUCCCAGGACGAUGAACUCUCUGGGUUGAGCGCAAUGGCGCUCUUGAUAGACGUUAUAUCCAUAUGGGGCGAUGUCUCGGAUCACGUCUUCCGAUUGUCGCUGAUUCCGGCCGAAUCAUACAACGGGCUUUUCGAGGAAUUCUACAGUACCAUUGUCCGUCGAUCGGACCAGUGGCUCUCACGGCUCCCAAACCAUCUCUCAUUCACAGCAGUGAACCUAGAGCGAAGUAUACGAGGACACAAAGUCGAUCCGUUCAUAUCCAUACAUUUACUAUACCAUGCGACGCUUCUAAAACUGAACCGAUACGCCCGGGCCCAGCUUCUCCGGCCUGGAAUGACCCAACAGUACGUCCACACGGCCAGGAACCAUGCCGCAGAGAUCCUCCGCACAGCCCUCGCCCUCGUCCGCUACGCCUCGGAGUAUGACGUAUCCUCCAUGACAACAGAUCCCGUAACUCCAAAAGGAACCCUCCUCAACCCUUUCCUCGGCUACAUCAUCCUAUCCGCCGUCGACGUUCUCAGCGCAGGUGGCCAAAUGCUCGACUUACCGGAAUGCAUUAACCUCAUCCGCGGCGGCCUAGAAGUCGUCCGCGAACUCAGCUGCUUCUGGGGCAGUACAAAGCCUCUAGUUUCGCUGAUUGAAUCCCGCCUCGACGCACUGACGGAAGCGCAACACCAGAUGGCGUCUGAAGGGAAACUCGCCUUCUUCCUCGACGGACCGUCAGUGGACUCUCAGAUUCACAACGGCGUCCAGAAGCAGGACACGUCGACCAACGAGGAUCUCAUGUACGGCGGUCUUCCGCGUGAGCAACUCUUUGCCGCGUUUGGGCUUGGAGAUGUCCCGUACUCGGUUGAGACUGUUGCGCGAGUCAGAGUAGGGGGCUCGGCGCUCCCUUCAUGAUUCGUGAACGCCGUUUUGAAACAAUUCGGCGUAAUGAUGCGACAUGUCACAUGGCUAAGGUUUGAUGCAACUCCUGGCCCCGCGUGGCUUAUUCUUCAUCCAAUUUUUUGGGAUCCUGUUUUCUUGUAUACUUUUGGUGCGGGCCGUUGCUUACUUUUUUUAUGCUCUGGUAUGGCAAAAACUGUAAUAUGGUGUUGAUGAGAGGCCCAUUACUUUGUUUUCUUAUAUGAUGUAAAAUAUUCAAAUUUCGUGAUACUAGCUGGAGGAUGAAGCGGAGCUUUUCCACUUUUGAACGAAGUGUUCUGUCAUGGCAGUACAUAGACUGUCUGGGCUCGCAUUAUUGAGAUGACUGGAUUAUUUCUGAGAAAAAGCAAAAACAACCCACCCUUCGAAGAGUAAGAGUCACAGCAAGAAACUGAGGCUUUCACACCUGAGCCACCCCCUCCCCUCGAUAGCUCAAAAGCCGCCGAAACGCCGAAAAGCGGGCCCACCCGAGCCGACGUCACCAGGAAAAUAAUCCCGCCGUUAUCCCUCCCUCCCAACCACUCCGCCGGAGAGGAAAAAAGAUAGCAACGACGCGCCACGGGGGUGUCUAGAACCACUUAGAAUAGAACAUGGACUAUCGUAUCUUGUGGCUCUGAGACAAUUGAGACCCGCCGUGCCUUCAUCUGCGCAUGCGCGAGCCUUCACUCCCCGACAGACCAGCGGAGAAGAGCAGCGACUUCAGCUGAGAGGCCACGUCGACGCCUCCACACUCAGCAACAAUGGACAACAGCGCGUACGAGCAAGUCCCACACCCCGACGACCACGACGAUGUCCGGAGCCAGAGCCACAAUGUCGACCACGACCUCUCCGACGCAGAAACCUACUCCCACCUGACAACCUACCCCACCGAAGCCGACUACUACGCGCUCCUCGGUCUCGCGCGCGACCCUCCGCCCAGCGACGCUUCAAUUCGCUCCGCGUACCGAACACUCACGCUAAGCUUCCACCCAGACAAGCAACCGGCGGAGCUCCAGGAAGCGGCGAAGCGGCAUUUUGCGCAAAUACAGGAUGCGUACGAGACGCUGAUUGACCCCAAGAAGAGGAUUGUUUAUGAUGCGCUAGGGGCGGAGGGGGUACGGAGGGAGUGGGGGAAGGGAGGGGCGAUGGGAG